ACUGAACCUCGGAAUUCUCUUUGCCUGCUUACAUUAAUUUUUACUAGUAGAAGUCACUUUUCUUGCAAAUGAAUGUUAUAAACACCUUUUCCUCUCAAUAAAUAGAUGAAGAUUGAGUCCGUAGCUAAAGAAGUUUCGCUUUGGUGGUGGUUGAGUAUAUUUAACAUAAAAUUUAAUUCAUUAAUAUUUAUGAACAUUUAUUUAUAGCAUUCUCUGCAUGUCUUUUAUAUUCAACAAUAUCAGCAGGGAAGUAUUUCUUGAUGAGUAGUUCAAAUCCUUUAAGGUUGGAUUCUGCUUUCCCAAACUUUGUUCAUAUCCUUACUCCACAAACCAAGCUAUGAGUCAAUUCAUCUGAACUGAUUCAGCAAAUGAGGCAACUGAUUGUAGAAUUUAAUCAUCAGAGCAAUCAUUAGAACUAAGGACUCAGUAUCAACAUUUAUCAGGAUUAGUGAGUUUUAAACUGAAGUCUUGAUGCUUGGAUAUGGAAUGAAACAUAACAAUAGGUUAUCAUAUAUUUCAAAUUAAUUGUCUAGCUACCAAUUUUCUUCCUAAGCCCCCCCCCCCCCCCCCCCCCAAAAAAAAAAAAAACCUUGCAUGUCACUUAGCUACAUUUUCCUUAUCUCAUUUAAAUGACUAGAGAAAUUGAAGUACCAAACAAGAAGCUCAUCUUUGAAAUGUUCCUGUGUGGGUUAAGUUUCAUUGGGAUUUGCAUUCAAUAUAAGGUAAGCCCUACCGGGUAGGAUAGCAAUGGCAUACUGUAGCUACAAAAUGGAAAAUAAUUUUAAGAAAUAGUAAAAAGAUUAAGAUAUAUGUGGAAAUUAUUCUGCAGGAACUGGCCAACAAGAUAAUGAAAAUUGGAAGGUUCAAAUGCAUGUCCCAUGAAAGGAAUAGGCUACUCUGUAUUCCUCUGUUUCUGUGUUUCUUUUUUCUUCUUCUCUUCCAAUUUUUACUUGUUUCUAUUACCACAUUGCAUGGCUAUAGAUGCCAUCAGUUCAAGUCAAUCAAUUACAGAUGGAGAAACCUUAGUGUCAGCUGGAGGCAUCUUUGAAUUAGGUUUCUUUAGUCCUGGUAAUUGUAGUAACAGAUACGUUGGUAUUUGGUACAAGAAGACUUCAUACACACAUGUUGUAUGGGUCUUAAACAACAUGAAACCUAUUAUCCUAGCUGGAACAUUAACCAUCAACAGUGAAGGAAAUCUUGUUCUUUUAGAUGGAAAACAAAAUCUUAUUUGGUAUACAAAUGCUUCUGCUUCUUCAAAUAAUAGGAUUGCAAUACUAGAUGACUGGGGAAACUUUGCCCAUAAGGAUCCAAAUGGGUCAUCAGUUCUUUGGCAGAGUUUUGAUCAUCCCUCCAAUACUUUUAUACCAAACAUGAAGCUUGGAGGGAAUGAUGAACUGGGAAUUUAUCAAACAUUAACAUCUUGGAAAAGCAAAAAUGAUCCGGCACCUAGGAAUUUUGUCUUGAACCGAGAUCGAAAAUCUCUACAGAAAAUUUUCAUCGUAAAAGGGUCUGUUGCUACUGUUAUGAACUGGACUGAAGAAAUGAAGCACUGGAGGUCAGGUCAGUGGAACGGCCGGAGCUUUAUUAGAGCACUGGGUGUGCCUCAAGAUUAUAUUAAUGGUAUCACCUUCACAGAUGAUGGCUAUGGAGGGCAGUACUAUACUUAUUCCACUUCUAAUAGUUCUAACAUUGCUACUGAGGUUCUUGAUUCUAAUGGAAAUAUAGAGAAAAAAGAAUGAGAUGAACAAAAGAAAGAAUGGGUUAAUGUAUGGUUUGCAAUCACUACUGAGGUUCUUGAUUCUACAUGAAACUAUGUUGAGAAAAGUAAAAAACUACAGGGAGCUAUAAAAAUUUCACUAGCUUUGUUUGCUUUCUCUAUGUCAAACUUAGCGGCGAAGUGUAUGUUGCACAAGAAUGACCAAGUAAUAAAAUUUUUGAGAAUCAGAUAUCCAUUUAUUCUUAGAAGUGUUGAACAUCUUUGCUAAAACAAUUUUCAAUUCCCCUGAGAUAAUAUCAUUGGUUCAAGACUACAAUUUCUAAUGCAUUAGGAUGAAAAGAGCUGGUGCAAGGAGUUUGUUUUUCUCUAUUCAGGAACUUUUAUACUGCUGACAGCUUUACCCUGUUUUUCUCUAGUGGUUGGUCAUCUUCUGACAGCUUUUUAAAAUUUGAU